AUGAUUUCAAAUAAUGCACACACCAUGCGGAUCCACGAGACGAUUCGUUUCCCCUUUUGCCUCCUCGUCUUCCUCGCCCGCGCUCAUUCCCAACUUCCGAAAGCGGAACCGGAGUUGAAGUCUUCCGAAGGGCCACCCGUUGACGCCGAAUCGAGGGACCCAGUCGUGGACGAGGCCUCGGUGGAGGUCGACUGUAAGGAGGAAGCUGGAAACCCCGCCAAUCCUUGGUUCAGGGCUUCCCUGCACAAACUCCCGCUCUAUCAGAGACAUCUCGGGUCGGGCGACGGGGUGGGUGGAAGAUGUUUCGGCAAGAGGACCCCAGCUCAGAUUUUUAGUUCGGGCAUUCCUCUUGGGAAAAGUCAUUCCGUGGAUGAAUCCGUCGUUGAGUCGAAAGAAACCAAAACCCGAAGUGAAAUCGAUCCUGUGAAAUACCAAAUCGUCAAGGAGACUGCAGUGGAAGAGAGGCCCUUGACAUUUUAUCAAGCUGCAGAUGUGUCUGCUGAUUCAAAGAACUCAGCAAUUGUUCCUGAAGACAUACUCCUUGUGUCUACUCUGGAAGGAUCCCUCACUGCAGUUGGAAAGGACACUGGUGUAGUGAGGUGGAAUCUUCGAAAUGAAGCAACAAAUCUAAAUAAGAAUUUGAAUGUUAAUCAGGGUCCCAUUCUUUAUCUUCCAGAUCCAGUUGUCAAAGUUCCUUCUGAAGCAAAGACAAGUCAGAUCCCCAGCUUUCUGCCAGAUCCAAAAGAUGGGUCCCUGUAUAUGCUGCGGACAGGGAGGAGCGGGAAGGAAACCCUAAAAAAGCUUCCUUUCACUAUCCCAGAAUUGGUCUCUGCUUCUCCAACUCGGACAACUGAUGGCGUCCUGUAUUCUGGGAAAAAGGUGGACAAAUGGAUUGCCAUCGAUGACAGAACAGGGCAUGCCCAAGAGGUAUCGAACUUUGCCAAUGAGGUUUGUCCCUUUGAUGCCAAGCACUCCCUUCUUGUUGGUCGCUCUGACUAUACUAUCAUGGUGCUGGACAGCCAUAAUUACCAUCAGUCAUGGAAUCUGACUUUUUCUGACUACUCUGCCAAUGAAAUGACUGCACCAAUGAUUGAGGAUUAUGAUUUGACCCACCUUGCUGGUAGCUCUGAUGGGUAUCUGUUGACAUUGAAUCGAAAAGAUGGAAAGUUGCAGUGGAAGAGAGACUUCCUGUCACCCAUUGUUGCCAUCUACCUCAUCCAACAUGAAGGGCUUUUAAGAGUUCCUUUCACCACGUUGGCAUCUGACAUGCUGUCCGGCAUCAUCUCGCGCCUCUCUGUAGAUGUUUGGAAAGCAAACUUCAUUGGAGAGAGGAAACUCCUGCCCACCUUGUAUAUCGGGCAGUCAGAGCAUGGUUUGUAUGCGCUGCCUGCCUUUGUGGAUGAAUCAAUAGUGGUGAUCAGUUUGGGCCAGGUGCACCCUCAUGUACCCCUCAUUGAGGGGCCAAACAAUACUGAAGAAGAGCUCAGCCUAUCAAAGGAAAAUACAGCACAAGAAAACCUGACUAAUCAGAAGUUGGAUUGGGUUAUCUUUGGUCACUAUGAAAUGCCAGACUUCCUGCAACAAACCAUAGGCCCUGCUUGGCAGAUCGAACAGAAGGUCAGCAAAGUGAUCGAACCAAGCCCAAAAUUGAUACAGCAUCCAGACCGAGACCGAUAUGAUCCUCUGUGGGAUGAUGUUGUUACUGCCUGGAUGCAAGUCAGGCAUGGGAAUUGGAGCUUCCUUUUUUCCCAUGACUUCCUUUCAGCCUCAUGGAGUGCAAGCCAAGUUUUCAAAGUCUGGCUCUGGAACCAGGAGAACAUAGGCCUGAAGAUCAUCGUUGCCCUCCUUAUCCUUUCAAUGGCCACAAUGUUCCUCUAUCUCUACCCACUGGCUCGAGAAUUCCAUCGCCAUUCCUCAAAGAGGGGCUCACGAUCAGCUUCCCGUGGUUUGUCUUGGUGGAAUGAUGGAGCCAUUACUGCCAUUGCUGAAGAGGUUGAACCUGGCAAGAUCAAAGUGGGAAAGAUACUUUUUUUCUCAAGUCAUGUCUUGGGCAAAGGUUGUGAUGGCACCUUUGUGUACAAGUGAGUUU